UCAAUUCAUUCCGCUGUAUCGGUUGUAAAGGCGGUGAAAAUGGCUGAGGAUUAUAUCUACGAAGUGGAACGAAUACUGGCACGGCGCCGGACACGCAAGGGUAAGUUGGAAUACAUGGUACGAUGGAAGAACUUUGGAAGCGAAGAGGACACCUGGGAGCCUCUGGAGAACCUUGGAGACUGCAUGGAACUGGUGGAGGAGUUCAACCAGAAGACAAUGAAAGAUGGCAAGUUUGAGAGACUUGCGUCUCUGGAUCACCUCCAUGUACACAAGAAACUGCCUCAAGCGGGCAAAAAGAGACCCAGUGACAAUGGAGGAAAAGACAAGGGUGGACAAGGGAAGGAGCGUGUUAGCAAUGGAAGUGACAAGAACAAAGAGCAUGCGAAGGCUCAGGCAGAUCAGAAACCUGUGAGUAGCAAUAGCAGGACUAACAGCAGCACCACUGUAGGAAAAACAGCGGAUGGGUCAGCCAAAGCCCAGAAAAGAAAAAGAGAGUCAGACGUCGGUAGUAAGCAAACUAACGGACCUGUAGCACUUCCGUCCACUCAUGCUAUCAAGUCUGAAGGACAAUCUCCAGAGAAGCGUGUGAAGAGGGCGCACUCAGUAACGGGUGUCGGACCUCAGGGUACUUAUUCGCCUAGUGCGAGUAGCAAUGGAAUUGGUUCACCACUACAACGUAGAAGAAUAAAUAGCACAAUUCCUAAUGAGGGAUUGCAUCACAGCACAAGGGGUUCACCAAACCUUCAUCGCACAAUGUCAGCAAGUGCAAGUGCCUACCCCAAGCUGAUACUCUCUCCGACCAAACUAACCAUGGUAACGCGGAGAGGCGGUAGUCCUGCUACUCUAGCCAACUCCUUAACGGCCUCCAGUGGGGGCACUGAAGAGGAUGGGGAAGUCCAAGGGAGGCGAACGGCCAGCAUUGUGGCUAGGCGGAGACUUUCACAUUCGACCCCUGAAGAUCCCAUCGAUAGUCGGAGAAUUAGUGCAAGACAGAGUGAGAGCCUAUACAAAUACAAGGAGAUAGUUGUGAAGAAGUGCCAAGGGUAUACACAAGUAAGGCUUUUCACCACGACACCAACAAGAAAUGCUCUUAAUCUAAAGGCUUUACAGGAAUUGACAGCUGUCUUUGAGUUGAGCAAGAAAGACGACUCCAAGGUGAUCUUCUUGAGUGGGUCUGGUAGUGUAUUCUGCAGUGGCUUAGAUCUCAGGUGUAUUCAGACUUCCUUUGUGGAGGAGAGGAAAAGAGCGUCCAAAAAUCUUGCAGAUGCAGUCAGGUCAUUUGUAGAUAGCCUUAUCAACUGUCCAAAGCUAGUAGUCGUAGCGAUCAAUGGUCCUGCCAUUGGCCUAGGAGCAGCCAUUCUACCUCUGUGUGACAUCGCGUACGCCAGCGACAAAGCCUACUUCCACUUGCCAUACAGUAUUCUAAGCCAGACCCCAGAGGGCUGUGCAUCCCACACCUACCCUCAAGUCUUGGGGUUAGCACUGGCUGGUGAGAUGUUGUACGCUGGUCGCAAGCUAACAGCUCUGGAGGCCUGUGCCUGUGGCCUUGUAUCGCAUACCUUCUGGCCUACAAGUUUCAUGCAGGAAGUAGUACCAAGGGUGCAGAGGAUAGCUUCACAAUCCGGCAAGGCUUUGCUUCAAUCCAAACUGUUAAUGCGGGGCCAAAUGCGGGCAAAGCUUGAGUAUGUCAAUGAGAGCGAAUGUGCGGCACUGGAAGAGAGGUGGCGCUCUCCAGAAUGCCACAGACAGAUCAAACUCUUUGCAGAGAAUUACUCGGACAUGUGACUGAAUAAAUUACCGUGCCACCUCUCAAGAGGAAGAAUAAACAAUGGGCUGAUGGUGACAACCAAGGAUCAUCCUAGCCCAUGCAUGGAGUGUAAGGUGAUUUCAACAAGAGGCAAUUCUGUAUGUUGCUUGACUUGGAGGCUUCACCAAUUCAGCUGAUCCACUAUGAUGUGAAAGGAUUAGAGGAUGUCGGUAGUAGUGAUGGGUGCUUAACAUCAACACAAAAUCAUGGAUGCUGUCACGUUUAGCUGUGAUCCAGCUGAAAUUGGAAAUUUGAAAGUGAUUCAGCCGCUGACAUAGGAGGAAAGCCGCGUCAGACCUUUGGAUGGUGAUGAUGGUCUAUCCCAAGUGUAACCAUGUUUGAUUCACCUGUGUCUUUUUAGAAACCAAACCCACGUACACAUUGAUAACGAUACAGUUUCCAUCAUUCUAUGGUAUCGCCAGAGAGCUUCAAACGCAAAGACACAUUCCUGUAUGUUAUGUACAGUAGCCAAUGGAUUAUAUCAGGUCCCUUCACCUGUCUGUUCUGUUCAAAUCCUCCCAGUCCUGCAAGCAGUAUCAGCCAGGACUCAUGCACUCACGUUUAGUUGGAAUGUCUACAUGUGGUAGCUCAAUAAAUGGACACGUCAUGAAAAUGCGAUAAUAUUUAUUUGAAGAGGUCUUGUGAAUUGAUGCUAAAUGUAUUUAUUCACCUGCCAUAAGAAUGAGAAACUGAUUGCACCAAAUACUUAGAUCUAUAAAAUGCAGGGAUGAGGUUGAGGCCUCGGCAACCUCAGCCCUGGCCUCAGGCCAAGGGGACCUCACGACUUUGGCCUGGACCCCAUCCCUGAUGAACUUAUUAGAAGCAGAAAAACUGUUGAUGAAAUGAAUUGCCAUUUAUAGGAGAUUGUUUUAAUUCUGUUUUUAUUGCUGUGGAAAAUGCAGAAAGGGUAGUAUGAGCGAGAGAGAAAAACUUUGAGAGAGAGGGGGGGGGGGGUAGAGAGAAAGAAGGGGAAGGGAGAGAGGAUUAACAAGUUUUUUACUAACUGAUUUACUAUUGUAAAGGUCUACAAAACCCCACUGAUGGUAUUAGUUAAGAAAAAAAAACAUGACGAAUGCCAUGAAGCUUAGAAGACUAUCUACAUGUAUACAGCAUGCAAAAGUUUUAAAUAGUCCUGUACGUUGCUAUUGAGUAAAACUGUUUUACUGGGUGUAACUCUUUCCUUACUCAGAUCAUAAAAAAACAAUUUGCUAGUCAAGAUAUGUUAUCCAAGCUUUGAACUGUUAUAAGAGAUAAUUCCGCACUUUAUAUAAGCCAUUCUCAGGGUAUUUUCAUUUCUUACAGGUCUUUAUUGUUUGUGAAAUUGCUGUUUGCUAUACAUUUUUCUGUGAAUCACUUUCAAAAUGGGAAACAAUAUUCAGUGUUUCUCGUAGGAUUGUGCAGUUUAGUUAUCCACAAAAAAAAUAAUUGAAAAAUCAUAAUUAAACAAAAACUCAGAGUGGUAAAAAGAUCAUAUUCUUUCCAUCCAAUGCAGAAUGGUUGGGAUUUUUGAAGCAUGAUUUGGGGGCUUGAAAAGACUAAAGUUAUCGUAAUGGAAGUUUUGUGCCUAAAAUCUACAAUAA